CUCGACGACAUGGCCGCCACGGCAACGAGCGCCUGCAUCCGCGCGCCCUCCGGCGCGCGCCUCAUCCGCCGCGCGAACGGCCGCACCGCGCGCCGCGCCAAGGUCCUCAUCGUCAACACGAACGGCGGCGGGCACGCGAACAUCGGCUUCUGGCUCGCCAAGACGCUCGCCGCGCACGGCCACGCGGUCACGCUCUGCGUCGUCGGCACCGCGGAUGACAAAAAGAUGCAGAAGCCGCCGUUCACGUACUUCGGCGAGCUCACGUCCGCGGGGGUGAAGACGAUGUGGGCGAACCCGAACGACCUGGCGACGCUCCCGGGGCAGCCCGAGUUCGACGUCGUCGUGGACAACAACGGGAAGGAUAUGGACACCGUGGGGCCCGUCGCGGAUUUCGCGGUGAAAGCCGGCGCGAAGCAGUUCUUCUUCGUGUCGUCCGCGGGGAUGUACAUCCCGACGGUCACGCCGCCGCACCUCGAGGGCGACGCGGUGAAGGAGAGCGCCGGGCACGCCAAGGUGGAGGCGCAUCUCAAGACGAUGCCGUUCAAGAUGUCGUCGUUCCGCCCGCAGUACUUCACCGGAUACGGCAACAACAAAGGCGCGUUCUAUAUAUCUUACCACACUGACUGCGAGGAGUGGUUCUUCGACCGCAUCGUGAGAGGGCGGACGAUCCCGGUCCCGGGCAGCGGCGAUCAGCUCAGCGUCGUCGCGCACGCGGAGGACGUCGCGACGAUGAUGGCCGCCGCGGUCGGGAACGACGCCGCCGCGGGGCAAAUCUUCAACGCCGUCACGAACCGCGCGGUGACGCUCAACGGGAUGGCGCAGCUCUGCGCCGCCGCCGCGGGCGCGGAGCCGAAGAUCGCCAACUACGACCCGAAGAACCUCCCGGACGGCGUCGAGGUCAAGAAGGCGUUCCCGUUCCGCCCGAUCCACUUCUACUCCUACCCCGCGAAAGCGCUGGAACUUCUGGACUGGGCGCCGAAGCACGACCUCGCGUCGGAUCUGAAGGAACGGUUCGCGUUUUACGUCGCGAGCGGAAGGGACAAGAAGGAGAUGACGUUCGAGACGGACGACAAGAUCUUGAGGCACAUCGGGCGGUGAGCGCGUGCCCCCGCGGACGGAGGAUGAGAGGCGGAGGACGUGCGCGUCGAACUUCGAGGUUUAAUAUCGGAGUGAUACGCGGUAUGAUAUAUACAACGCUCGCGUC